GCCCUGAAGUCGGGCAGAAGACCAACCCAGCUGGAGGGGCGCUUCGUGGCAUCGCCAGCUCCGGUUAUGUUCAACUACGUAGCAGCAGAGGUGAGACCUCAGCUGCACCGCAGCUAUGGGGGCCAGCAAGGGGUGUCCGGGCCGCUGAGGAGCCGGCUGGAGCAGCUGAGGAAGCCGUGGUGGAGGGAGCCCAGCCCGCUGGUGCUGCAGCACAGCGAGACCGCCAGGCUGGCCGUCGAUGCCUUCCUGGAGCAGGGCGAGCCAGGCUACCUGAGCGCCCUGGCCGAGGAGCGGGAGCUGCCCUUCCUCUCGCUCCUGGACAUGGAGUACAUGAGCCAGCAGCGGAGCCAAAGCCUCCCGGCUGCCGGCGCCGCGACAGACAGAGAGGCCGACCCUGGGGAUGCGGACCCGGGAGACAGAUCCUCCCUCAACUCCGAACUGACUUCGGGCACCUACUUCCCGCUCAUGUCCGACGUGCACCCUCCAGAGCUGGAGCUGGGCUGGCCAGGGGCACCUCUCUUCACCCUGGCUGGGCAGACUCAGGCCACUGUCAUCUUCCAGAGGAACAAAGCCAACAGCGUCAAGGACCUGCUGCGCUCGCUGCUCAGCCGGGCGCGCACGGUGAUAGCAAUUGUGAUGGAUCUGUUCACAGACAUGGAGAUCCUGUGUGACCUGCUGGAGGCCUCCAGCAGGAGGCAUGUCCCUGUGUACCUCAUCCUGGAUGAAGAGUACCUGAAGCACUUCCUGGAGAUGUGCAACAAAAUGGCUCUUACCCAGGACGACUUCCCAAACAUGCGUGUCAGGUGCCUGAGUGGGGACACCUACUACAGCAAAGCAGGCAAGAAGUUUGCAGGCCAGGUCCUGGAGAAGUUUGUCCUCAUUGACUGUGACCAAGUUCUUGCUGGCACAUACAGCCUCACCUGGCUGUGCAGCCAGGUCCACAGCAGCCUGGUGACUCACUUCCGCGGGCAGAUCGUGGCCGAGUUCGAGAAGGAAUUCCGCUACUUGUACGCGGAGUCCAAGGCGGUCACCAGCUUCUGUGUGCCGGACCCUGCCCCCUGCCCCUCUUCUGGGGACGCUUGCAGAGCUGCCGACUGCCUUUUGAAAGCUGCGCUGGUGCAGGACGCUGACACCUCCAGCCCCUCCAGCAGCCUUUCCAACGUCAGCAUCAGGAGCAUCAAAGUGUCUCCGUUUCUGAGAAGCUCCAGCUGCAGUGCACAGCAGGAAAAGCAAGAUCCAGGCUCCGAUUCCGCUCAUAGGAAGGGGAAGGAGGACACCUCUCCGAAGCACCUCGGCCCGCAGCAGCAGCAAGGAGAGCCCCCAGACUCACCCGGCCCCCACCCGAACAAGCCUCCCGCAGGCUUGUAUCACAGAGCGAAUCUCCUGACGGCGAGGACAUUCUUGCAGGCAGAGCCUUCCGCUGCCCUGAGCUCCAAUAAACUCGGCCCCCAAGGCGACCCCCUGGCUAACAGCAGCCCCUCCGCCCCGCUAAGGCAGGAGCAGUUCCCCGCGGAGGGUGCCAGCAGCAACGGGACGAGCACGAAGCCGAAGGGACCUGCUGCUGCCUUCAGGGAGCUACCAGCGGCCCCCGAGCACACUCCUUAUGAGCUGGAGAAAAGGCAGAGCCCCGGGCAAGGCAAAGCGGACCUGCUGCCCCCGUACCCCCUGGGCAGGCGGGACAAAAAGCCUGUGGUUCUCUGCUACGAUCAGCUCACCGAGGACGCCCUGCUGGAGAAGAACAGCGCCUAUGGGGCCGAGAAAAGGAUGACUCUGGGCCACAGCAAGCUGGACCUGAUCACCAAGUACAACAAGUUGAAAUCUAAACACAUACACAGCCGCUUUGAGCUCUGACCCCCUGCUCCUCGGACUCCAGACCUCCCUCGGGCUUACUUUCAAGGAGUUGCUUUCCCUCCCCCUCCUCCCUCCUCCAAUCAUCGCAGCUAGGGCUUGAAAUGAAAACACGGGUGGCAAAUGGACCUUUG